AUGGAUCUGUACGAGGCUUUUUAUGGGCGUAAAUGCAAAUCCCUUGUAGGGUGGUUUGAUGUUGGAAACUCUAGGUUACAUGGGCCAGACUUGAUUCAGCAUGCCGUAGAGAAGGUAAAACUUAUCCAGGAGCGACUGUUGACAGCCCAGAGUCGUCAGAAGUCAUAUUCCGACGUGCAGCGACGAGACUUAGUGUUUGGGGUUGAUAAUUGGGUGUUCUUAAAGUGCAUUGGCGAUCCUACCGGAUUGGUGCCCACUGAUGAUGUACAGAUUACGGAGGACUUAUCGUACGAGGAAGUUCCAUUUUCCAUCCUAGACCGUUAA